AAUAAAGUGCAAAUCUAUAAAUUGAGCUAAGCGAGAUUUGUUUUUCCAUUGUGUCGAAACUAGUCCAGGUGAAGUGAGGUCUUGAAAUGUUGAAAAUCUGUGUGCCAUUGGCACUGCUUGCGGUUGCUUCAUUGGCAUGGCCGGUGGAUCAAAGUGUUCGUGCGUUCGAUACUUACCGCCUUCCGAAUCAAACCGUACCAACGCACUAUGAUCUGUAUCUGGAUACAAAUUUGCAUCUGGCGGAUUUAGACUACAGUGGUAAUGUGAAAAUUAGAAUCCAAGUGCUUGAGAGUACAUCUCAGAUCGUACUGCACAGCAAGCGUAGUGAAAUUGUGAGAUUAGAAUUGCGCAACAGCAAUCAGUUGGCGAUUAGUUUAAAGAGUUUUGAGAUGGAUGCGGAUAAAGAUUUCUUGAUUGUUAACACCAAGGAGACUUUGCCGGCGGGAUCUACAUACGUUCUGGACAUAGACUUUACCAACAGUCUUGAUCGUACCGAUGCCGCUGGAUUCUAUCGAUCGUCUUAUGUCAACGCAGAAGGAGUUACCAAGUUUCUUGGAGUGACUCAGUUCGAGUCUACCGACGCCCGAUCGGCUUUCCCUUGCUUCGAUGAACCUGGAAUCAAGACAACUUACAGUGUACAGAUCGCUUGCGGUUUGGAUUACAACGCAAGAUCCAACGCUCCGGCCUUAGGAAUUCAGCUUUUACCAGCAGGCAAGAAGCUCACUACGUUCCAAACGACUCCACGAAUGCAAACCUACCUGUUGGCGUUCCUGGUUUCCGACUUCAUCAGCGAACGGCAAGUCGUGUUCCAGCCUCAUCAGAUUGCCGUCUCGACGUUUGCUCGACCAACUGCCAGCCAUCAGCUGACGUACUCCGUAGACGCUUCGGUACGAUUCCUGCGGGAGCUGGAAAUCUACUUCGAUCAACGGUAUGCCAUGUCGAAGAUUGACAACGUAGCCAUCGCCAACAGUGACUUCGCAGCAGGUGCCAUGGAAAACUGGGGACUGGUCACGUAUCGUGAAUCGACCAUUCUGCUCGACCCGGAAAGCCAGGGCGAAAGCCAACAGCUACAGGUGGUAGGAAUCGUGGGACACGAAUAUACCCAUCAAUUCUUUGGAAACCUAUUGGCACCGCAGUGGUGGUCGUAUCUGUGGCUGAACGAAGGCUUCGCUCGUCUAUACCAGUACUACGUAUCGGAAUUCAGUCACCCGGAGCUGAAAAUGCGCGAUCGCUUCGCCUCUGUUCGGGAAUCGGCUUUGAACUUGGAUGCCAGCGCAACGGUUCGGCCAAUGACGUACUACGUGGAAACUCCAGGGGAAAUUAGCAGGCUGUUUGACAAUAUUGCAUACGCCAAAUCUGCAAGUGUUCUGCGAAUGAUGAACUAUGCCAUCACCGAGCCCACUUUCCAGAAGGGUCUUCGGUACUACAUCCAGCAAAACAAGGACCACGGAGUGGCGAACGAAGAGAAUCUGUUCGACAGCCUAGAACAGGCGGCCAAGGAAGACGCCCAGCUGCCUCAGAGUUUGACGAUGCAUGAAAUUUUCCGAUCAUGGUCCAACCAGCCUGGCGCCCCCGUCGUAACUUUCAAGCGUGUUGGAGACACCAACGAGUUCGUGUUCAACCAAGAGCGGUUCUACAACACUCCUCCGGAAACUCCCGGACAGCAAUCCUGGUGGAUCCCGAUUUCGUUCUUCACGCCUAGCAGCAACGGACAGUACAAUUCCAGUGCUGCUUUUUGGCUGCCUCCACACGUGUCCGAUUUCAGUUAUCGUAUUGACGUGGCCGAGAGCGAAACCCUCCUGGUUAAUCCUCUUGCCAGAGGAUACUACCGUGUGAACUACGAUGCGCAAACCUGGGAGAACAUCAUCUCCAACUUGUACGAAUCCCCGGAAAAGUUCCACCGCUUGACGCGUUCGCAACUGGUCGACGACGCGAUGAAUUUGGCCCAUGCAGGCAAACUGGACUACUUCACAGCGUUCCAGGUGUUCGACUACUUGAACGAGGAAACCGAUUUCAUUCCAUGGAGUACCGCAUCUAGCAAUCUCCAAUUCUUGAAGCGUAUGCUACGUCACGACAGCGAAGCCUUGGCAAAUCUGGAGAGUUACAGCUCAAUGCUGGCUGCCAACCUGCUUGCCACUUAUGGUCUCGAGUCAAUCAAGGGCGAGUCUGCAGAUGACGAAAGUGCGCGCUUGAUAGCGCUGGAAUGGGCCUGCAACAGCGAUGAGUCCUGCCAAGCGGAAGCAGCCCAAAAACUGCGAUCAUCGCGACGUAGUCAAACUUUCACUAUUGGCUCCAAGACGGAACAACUACUGGUUUGCAGCCAGAUGCGUAAAGCAGACUACAGUGACUUUUCGAUGAUGCUUAGCAGCUUGAAAAAUACCCGGGACUCCAUUUCCCGGUCUUAUUUAGUCGAUACUAUCUCUUGCGUGGAAAACGGGCAAUCCAUCAAUAAGUUGCUGAACGCCCUCAAAUCGGAUGACUUUGGUGCUGCGGAAAAGGUGCAAGUUUUAAAAUCGGUCUACAGCAAUUCUCUAACCGGACUGAAUGCCAUCAUCGACAUGUUCGAUUCCACCACGAAUGUCGCCGAAAACAUGAACAUCAACAAGCGCCAACUGCACGCCCUGCUAGAAGACAUGGCCGAGUAUACCGUCCAGCCGGAGAGCGCCGAGAGGUUCGCCGAGUUCGUCAAACGAGAAGCACCCACUCAUCUGGUUCACACAAUCCAAGCCAAGCUGCGCGAGAACGAAAGCUGGAUCCGGAGAAACGCUGCCAUUGUUUCCGACAUGCUGAAAACCCCGCCACAGAUAGACAUGUGAUCGAUAUCAGUCAGACACGCGCCCCGAGGAGUUCUCCACCCGCGCAACGUUCGCCCGAUUAAAUCUAUUCAAUAAAAAAAAAAGAUGAUUGUUUUCUUCGGAUUUGUCCAUAUAUCCGCCGCCAAGCGUAGGUGAUACAAUAAACGAAGAAAGCGAUAA